AUGCCCAAACGUGGCUCUUCGACAUCUGGUACCGUUGCAGUUGUACCACAUAAAAAACAGAAAAAUAUUGAACUAACAAAUGGUCACCAUGAUAAAGAACAAGAUGAAAAUUUGCCACCAAAUCAUAGCACUUAUUUAUCUCAAUGUUUUAAAGAAAAUCUUGAUUUACAUAAAAAUGCUGGUUCUAUUCUUAGAAUUAGUGUAAAAAAUUUUAUGUGUCAUACAUUUCUUGAAUUUGAUUUUAAUGAAAAUCUUAAUAUGGUUAUUGGCAAUAAUGGGAGUGGUAAAUCUGCAGUAAUGAAUGCAAUCACAUUGACUUUAGGUGGUCGUGCAACAAGUACAAGUCGUUGUUCGAAUAUUGGUCGUUUUAUUCAACAUGGCAAAAGUUUUGCUGAAAUAUGUGUUGUUUUAUGUAAUCAAGGUCUUGAAGCAAUUGAUAUCGAACGUUUCGGUCGAGCCAUUACAAUUAUACGUAAAAUAACAAUCAAAGGUAGCAGUCAUUACCUAGUUAAAAAUGAAUAUGAUAAAAUAGUCUCCGAUAGAAAAGAUACAAUUGAUACAAUAGUUGCACAUUUUAAUAUUCAAGUUGAUAAUCCAAUGUGUAUGCUUAAUCAAGAUAUAGCAAAAAAUUUUCUUAAUACAAAAAGUAUAAAAGAAAAAUACAAUUUUUUUUUAAAAGCAACACAAUUACAAAAAAUGGUUGAAGAUCUUCAAGAAAAUACCGUUGAAAUUCGUAAUGCAAAAACUUUACUUACUGAUCAUGUGAAAAAAAGAAAAGAAAUUCAAGUACAAAAAGAAGAUCUUGAAGCUCAAUUAAAAUUUGCUGAAUCAAUACGUGAUGCAAAAGCAAAUGCUGAUAAUCUUCGAGGACAACUUGAAUGGGCUGAAGUAAUCAAUCUUGAAAAUACAUUAGCCGAAACAGAAAAAAAAGUUGCUGAUGAUCAAUAUGCUGUUCAAGAGUAUAUGAAAAAACGUGAUGCAUUAAUAGAAGAUAUGAAAAAUGAAAAAACAAAACGUGAUGAAUUACUUCGUAAAGCACAAGAAGUUGCAAAUAAUGCGAUUGAAGAAAAACGUGUUCAUGAUGAUCUUGAACGGCGAAUGAAAUUAUUUAAUAAAGAAAAACGAGAUUUAUUACAUGAAGUUAAUAAAUUAGAAAAAGAACUUCAAAUUCAAAAUGAAUUAAAGAAAAAACUUCAAAAUAAAACCGAUGAAAUGCGUCGAAAAGCAACAGCUAAUAAUGAUUAUGAUAAAGUUUAUAAACGUAUAGAUGAAUUACAAAUUUUAAUUGCUGAACAACGACAAAUACUAUCAAUGAAAGAAAAUGAACAAGUUAAUUUUCGACAAUUAUAUGAUGAUGAACGUCAAAGUCUAUUUGAUGAUCAAUCAGUUCUAAAACAACAUGAAGAUUCUUUACGUCGACGACGUGCUAUUAUUCAACAACUUAAAGCAGCUAAACAAGAUCGUGUAACAAUUUAUGGACGUUAUACAAUUUCUAUACUUAAAGAAAUUGAAAAACAAGCUCAUCGAUUUAAACAAAUACCUAUUGGACCUGUUGGUAAACAUAUUCGUCUAGUUGAUCGAAAAUGGGCUAUUGCGAUUGAACAAGCUAUUGGAAAUGCUAUAUCAGGUUAUCUUUGUUCAUGUCGUGAAGAUGAAAGAGUUCUUCUUGAAAUUCUUUCACGUUGUGUACCAGCACACGAAAUGGACUAUCGACCAAGUGUUACCGUAAUGAAAUACCAAUCAAAAGUCUAUCAAAAUCUUCGAUUACCUCCAUCGAAUUUUACAACAAUUUUAUCAAUGCUUGAUAUUGAUAAUCCAACAGUUGCUUGUUUUUUAAUUGAUCAGGGACGUAUUGAACAAAGAAUUCUUAUGGAUAAUUAUGAAACUGCUCGUCGUAUUAUGGAAAAAAGUGCUCCACCAAAUUGUUUUGCUGCUUAUCUUCCAAAUGGUACAGAAAUGCAAAAUACAAAUGUAUUUCGUUGUUAUACAUGUAAAGCUCAAAAUCCUCGAUAUUUUGUUGAAGAUUUUGCUGAACAAAUUACUCGUGCAGAAAAAGAUUGUAAUAAUAUUGAACGAGAAAUUCAAAUUGUUAAAGAAAAAUUAAAUGAAACACAAAAACGAGUAAAUCAACAUCAACAAACAGUCACAGCAUUAGAUACAACAAUAAAUGAAAUUAAAAUUAAAUGUGGUCGAUUAGGAAAAGAACUUCGAGAAUUACAAUUAAUUGAAGCACCAAAUGAUUCUAAUAUAAACGAUUGUGAAAACGAAUUAUCUGAAUAUGAUAAUCGUAUUGAUAUUCUUAAACAACGUAUUCAAGAUCAAAAAUCAAAAGCUGAAAUGGAAUCAACUGAAUAUCGACAAGUUUUAGACGAUUUAACACAAGCACGACAACGUGUUAUGGAUAAACGUGAACAAGCUGAACAAUGUAAAACAGAACUUCAAACCUGUGAUGCUUUAAAAGAAAAUGGACAAAGAGCUAUAAAUGAAUUACAAAAAGGACUUGAUGAUAAUCAAAGAAAAUUAGAACAACAUGAAGUUACAAAAAAAUUUAUUGAAAAUAAACUUCAUGUACAAAUUGAAAAUGCUCAAAAUUUAGUUAAACAACGACCUAAAGAUGCAAUUGACGUAAAAACAAUUCGACGAAGUCUUGAUGCUCUUCUAAAAUUUAUUGAAACACAUAAAAAUGUUUCACAUAAUGUACAACAAAUUCAAGAUCGUUUAGAAGCAGUUAAUGAAAAUUUAGAUACAUUUGGUGAAGUUGUUGAUAAACAAGAAAAACUUAUUCAUAGAUUAUUUAAAGCUGCACGUUAUCGUGGUCAACAAUAUAAAGCUCUUUUAGAAUCAACAGCUAAAUUAACUAGUAGUUGUUUUAGUUCAUUUCUUGAAUCACGAAAUUAUACUGGUGAAGCUAUAUUUAAUCAUCAAGAAGGAACUCUUUCACUUGAAAUUACACCACGUGGUGAUGAAGUUCAUAAAGAUACUCGUUCAUUAUCGGGUGGUGAACGUUCAUUUUCAACUGUUUGUUUUAUGCUUGCUCUUUGGGAAGUUGUUGAAAUGCCAUUACGUUGUCUUGAUGAAUUCGAUGUUUUCAUGGAUCAUGUAACACGUCGAACAGCUAUGAAUCUUGUUCUUGAAGUUGCUCGUGAAAAGAAAAAACAAUAUAUAUUUUUAACACCACAAGAUCUGAGUUUUCUUAAAGUUACUGAUGACAUGCGUAUUCUACGAAUGCCUCAACCAAAACGUACACUAAUGCAGAUAAAUAAUGAUAAUCAUUCCGAUUAA